AACACAGGGUAGCAAGAAAAAUUCUUUGCUCGGUUCUAUCAAAGUCGUGUGUUUCGACAUGCGGUCCUACCAGCAGCUGCCUUGGUGAAAAAGUAAAAAUGUGACUGUGCUUUCUAAUGGGAAGAUAAAAUCCGUAAAUUCACCGAAAAAUACGAUCCAAAAUAGCAUGACUAUUACGUUAAUUUUUACAUCAUAACAACCGGAACGCAACAUCAAAUAGUCAUUGUCCAGAAGUACAUUAACAUCUGAGUUUUUCCAAUUCGAAAAAAGUGUGCCGUCUCUGUAGAUCAGAACUAGCAGGAAGAGCUUGAACAACAUGGCUGACCAACAGGCAGUAAGUGCGCCAGAACAGCAGCCCCAACAGCAGCAGCAACAACAACAGCAGCCGCCUCAACAGCAAACUCAGCAGCAGCAGCCGCAACCGGAACAACAACCUCCGGCUAAUAAACCUGCUGUUCCACAACAACAAAAGGAAGUGAUUGCCACUAAGGUAACCGGUGUGGUGAAAUGGUUCAAUGUUAAGAGCGGAUAUGGUUUCAUCAAUCGUGGCGAUACCCAGGAAGAUGUAUUUGUCCAUCAGUCGGCCAUUGCGCGUAAUAACCCGAAGAAAGCCGUCCGCUCCGUUGGUGAUGGUGAAAUGGUGGAAUUUGAUGUUGUUAUCGGGGAGAAGGGCAAUGAGGCAGCCAACGUAACUGGUCCCCAGGGAGAAGCAGUGAAAGGAAGUCCAUAUGCCGCCGAAAAGCGUCGAGGUUACCGUCAAUGGUGGCAGAAGCGUGGCCAACGUCGGCCACACUCCAAAGAUGGUGAACCAAUCGACGAACACAACGAGAUGGAGGGCCAAAAUGGUGAACAGCCCCAGCAGCAACAACAACAACCCCCACAACAUCAGAUGAAACAGCAACCACUACAACAACGCCGUGGCGGUUUCCGUCCUCGCGGACGUGGAGGAUAUGCCUAUUCGUACCGGCCACCACCGCGAGGAAUUCGUCGUGAUGGUCCACCAAUGAACGAUAAUGGACACAUGGAUCAGAAUCAAAUGAUGGAUGGUCCAAAUGGACCUCGCCAGGGUGGCCGUGGUGGUGGUGGUCCCAGACGGUUCUUCCGUCGAAAUUAUCACAACGGCGGUGGACGAGGCAUGGGCGGCCCCAGUGGACCUAUUCGAAGGGGAGGAUACCGUGGCGAUUAUCAGAAUGAUUACCAACAGAAUGGACCAGAGCAACCGCGUCGUAUGAACCCCGUUCGCGGUGGUGGUCGUGGUCGCUUCCCACGCCGUGGAGGACGAGGCGGUCAAAGACCGAGAAAUGAUGGCGGAGCUGGUGGAAACAACAAUGCUGUUCAGAAUACCACUACCGAGAGCUCCGCAUAAACAACUCGCAUUAAAAACUCGCAAGGCAGAGAGCGCUUAUAUUGAAUAACAACGUCAUGAAACACGCAUCCAUUAGUCAUCCAAUGGAAUACCUUCAACAUCUUAGGACCAGGAUCCAUCCUCUUGGUGUGUUCCGUACGUCUCUUGGAAUAGAGUUACUCAAAAGGCAUCAAAACAUGAAAGCAAAACCUAUAGAAUAUAGAAAAGUAUAAAAACCUAUACUAUUUUAAUGUAUCUAUUCAAUUGACAACCAAAUUGAAUAUUGGAUCGUGUAUUGAAACGGCAAAAUGUUUAAAUUUUGAAUCGAAUCGGAAAAGCAAGAUACCAACAAAAAGCUAAAGCAGCAGCUCGAUUGAAAGAGUAGUGCGACGGAGCAGCACAUUGGGUUAGGUCGGACUUAGGAAUUACGUUCGCUAGCUGGCUAAGCGAUACUCCUAACAGUGCAAAACAGUGACUAUCAAGCAAACCAACAAAUAAUUGUCAACCCAGCAGUUGGUGCAACAACUUGAUGCGAAUCGACGAUGGAAUCCUCCAGCCCACAUAAACCAACGAUCAUAAAACCCAAAAAUCACAUCUACAUUCAAUCACCACCAGAAAACAAUGCACAGUCUCGUUGUGGAGGCCUUUCAACAUCGCGAGGCUUAAUUGCUAUCCUAGGAGGAGGAAAUCAACACGGUUUCGGGAAGAAAAAAACUGCAUGCCGACGAUAGUCACAGCGUUAGAAGAGUCCGUUUCACUCCAUGCUACGGUAGGUCAACGACUUUGAAAUAGAAAGAUCCCCGUGCAAGUAAUUCUGUAACACACACUGUAUUGUUUUUUCGUAUCGUUUUUUUGAAUUUGAAAUUCGCGUCUUUUAUUGCCUCGGAAAUCGCGCCGAGAUAUAUGAAAAAGUCAGUUAUCAAGUCAUAAAUGUUGGAGUAUUGUGCCUUUAGGGCAUAUCUGAUUUCGUAUACAAACACAAUAAUUAAUGAUUUCUUUCAAAAUGCUUGCCACUCAAUAUGCAAAUGCGAAACAUGUAUCAUUAGGCUUAUAAAGCUCUCAGUUAAUAACUGUGAAAGUGCUCAUAGAACACUAAGUUGCGGGGAAGCUUCGUCUCAGUUGAAAUGUGAUGUCAAAGAGAAAACUUGACUUUUAAAUCUUUGUUUGCGAAAUUGGAUACGCCUUAUUGGCAGAGUAGUCCGAACAAUCCGAAGCGUCUUCGGGUGACAAAUAAAUACGGAAAUUAUCGUCUAACGUCUUAAAAACCAAUAUUCGGUUUGGUUCAAAAUAAGGAGUUUUUGAUUUGCUAAUAAUUAAAAAGAUAGAAAUUUACACAUGAUACUAAAACAAAAUACACUAUCCGUUAAUAUCACUUAAAAACAGCAACAGUAGAGGAAAAGUGUUUAAGUAAGGUACAUAAUAUCUAGCAAGAAAAGAAAAAGAGAAUAUCAAGGCAACAGAGAUGUUCAGAGCGAAGCAGCAUGAAAUAUCUAAUUUACCCGCAUCCCAUAUUUAUUUGGUCUCAGUUUUCUUUUUCUUUUCGCGCUCCAAUAUCUUUCGUGUUACUUUUUGUAUUUUGUGUUUGCUUUACCAGAGAGAUAGUCACAAGCAUGAUAUUUUUAGUAUUCGAAACAGGCGCACCACCAAACGCGCUCCGAUAUUUUUUUUUAUUUUAAGGAGAUUUUUGAGAACGAACACAUUGCGUACACAUUUUACAUACUUUACACGUUAUAACAGUGCAGUUAGAGGGAGAAAAAUCUUAAGCAUUUUAUAUCGAUGUUUUUUGAAUGCGUAGAAAUAUCAUUUUAAUAGGCAUGAAACAAUAUCUAACCCCUCUUUCAACCAAAAAAUAAUAACUCAUAAAUGAAAACUUUGACAACCUAAACCAGAAAGCAUCAGUGAAAGGUAAAGUAGGCAAAAAUACGAUUGAAGGAGUGAAGUAGGAAUGAUUGAACAAAACCAGUUAUAAUAAAAUCAAGCUAAUAAUCAGUAAGGAAUGAUAAAAUAAACUACUUAAAUAAGAAAAGAAAACAAAACAUGUACUAGUAAUAAAAGAUAACGAAGAUAAAAACACGUUUGUUAGCUCCAAGAGGCGUAAAAAUACAAGAAUGCACGGUAACAUUCGAAGUGAAAAAAUAAUGCCGAGAACUCAUUCUUCAAAUAAAAUCUUUAGAAUCGUUCAACAAAAGAGACCGUUUGCGCAUCUCUGCCGUCUUUGCGUUUACUAACUAGGAGUGGAUGGACAUCAGAAGCAAAAAAAUCGUAAAACAACUUUAUGAGAAAUUUAUAAACUGAGAAAAAAGUGGAUUAAAUCCGACAAAAAAAUUGCAAAACUGAA